AGCUAGCUAGUUGAGUUCAGGAUUAACAUUUUAUCUAGAAAAAAUCUUAAUUAAGGAAUCCCCAUUAAGGGCAGCCAAAAAAACAAAAAAAAAAAGAAAAAAAAAUAACAUCUCGAGAAAGGAGGGAAUAUGAAGGAAACAUCCAUGGGCCAUGGCCCCCACAAAUGAGGCUUUGAACAUGUAUAUAAACCCUCCUAGCUCCAACAACAAGGAUCACCAACUCAUUCACAAAAACCUUCUCUUCAAGCAAAUACCAAGAAAAACAAAGUUUCUUUACUUCAAGCCCUUUGCUUAUUACUCAAGACAGAGAUAAGAAUGAGCUGGGGAGGAGGAGAUUGGAUGUGUGGUGCAUGCCAGCACUUGAAUUUUAAGAAGAGAGACGCAUGCCAACGUUGCCAGUACCCGAAGUAUGGUGGUCCUGACCCAUCAACAUAUGGUUGCAACAGGACAGAGGUUUUGGCAGGGGACUGGUAUUGCAAUGCUAUCAACUGUGGUGUUCACAAUUACGCUAGCCGUUCCAACUGCUAUCGCUGUGGUGCACUGAAAAAUGACUAUUCUGGUGCUUAUGAAGCUGGCAUGAUUGGUUCCGCUGAUUAUGGAUCUGAUGCCAGUGUCCCUCCUGGAUGGAAAACAGGUGAUUGGAUUUGCAAUAGAGUUGGAUGUGGUGUGCACAAUUAUGCAAGCAGAAUGGAAUGCUUCAAAUGCAAAACACCAAGGGAUUAUGGUGAGAAACCCUCCGCCUCUGGGUCCUAGAAAAAGCAUUUUUUUGGGUUUUCAUCUAAUAAUGGUUCAGCAGGUGGUGCACUUUAAGGGAGAAAAAAAGGGCUAUGAAAAGAUUUAUGUGAUGUCUCACAAAAUGCUGCUCUUUCACUUUCUUUUUAGAGACUAAUAAGCCAAGUCAGAUUGAAGGCAGUUUUUUUUUUUUUUUUUUUUUUUCCAAGAAAAGACUUGUACUUUUGUACUAGGACUUGGGAGGGCAUUCUAUAGUUCUAUGUUGCAAUGUAUUCUUACAUGGAAUUAAUGAAAGUCCCUUCUUUUCUUUUCCAUUUUCAA